UUUCCAAAUAGCGGUACACGAUUGUAAAUCUAAUAUGAUUGAUACUAGCAUAUAUUUGUUUUACUCGAUUGAGUUGAAAUCAAUGCUUACAUAGUCGUGUCAUUUGGUUGACUUAGUAUUCACUAUUUCCCAUACUUACAAUUUAUAUCUGAACUGAUUUAUCGUCGCAACUCUAAAUAGAUGAAACAGAAAACGUUAAGUCAUGUAAACCAGACGCAGACCUUUACAAAUUUAAGCAUAACAAAUAUUAAAUCAAUAUUUCGCAUUUUUUACAAAACUUGUUUUUGAUAGUUCAAGUUCCGAAUAUGGACAAAUACUAGUGAUAAAUAUUAAACUCACUGGCACCUUGUUAGUCAAAUUAGAAACGUACAAUCUACAUUUUCUACUAGUUAUCUCAAAGCUAUUGUUUUGGAUUUUGGGAGGUGGUUGUUAAGGAGCCCCUAUAACUGGCAUAUGAUCCUCAACCAUGAGACACCAGUACGUUUUGCUUUAGAUCUCACAAGAUAUUAACAGAUUCGAACCCCCUCGGUUGACGGCUAUAUCAAAAGUCCUUGUUUCCUAAUAUUUCCAAUGAAUACUCUGAGAUUACAAGUUGGUUAGUCUAAAGUUAUCAUUCAUUCUUUGAGACUCUUGAAACACCAAGCGAAACUCUUUUGAGAUUGUAAUCACACCUCAUUGGUGACUGUUAGUGUCCCUGAAAUGAUGAAUUUUUGCUAUUGUUUGAUUCCAAACCAGUGGUGCACAUGGACUCCAGUAUACUGAGGGAACAAAUGGCGUAUAAACCAGUUGUUGGUCACGGGCUACCAUGGGACUGCAUCUCCUUACGAUGCUCCACUGUCUUGUGGAUUAGACCUGUAGGUCAAAUGCUCUUGGAGUAUUCGCCUAAGAAAACUACCUGCUUCGGUUUUGGCGUUUAGGCAGUAUUCCAGCCAUCACACAAAUUGAAUGAUUUUUAUGGUGCAUAUCUGUUUGAUGCCUUCUUGUACCAGUGUUUAUGUGCUUAAAUAAAUAAAUAUGUAUGCAUUAGUAUGUUCGUAAAUAACUAGUAUAAGGCAAAUUUUUCUACGAUACUAUUUUACUUGUUUUUCAAUGUCACCAAAUAAUAAUAUACUUUGUUUUGUAGACAAAAUGGUUACUCCGAAUCCAACAGACUUAUAUCGCUUUUGUGAUUUUGUAAUGGAGUCAGUUGUAGAGAUGAGUCCACCCUCGUAUGAUCUACCUUGGCUUCCUGGGUUUGAAGAAUGUAAAACAGACUAUGAACGUGUCAAGAAGUUUAUGUCAAUGCCAUUUCUUAGACAAUUUAAAAUCUCAAUCUCUGACCAAUCAUCAGCUGUGAAAAAUAAUUCCAUUGCUAAACAAAAACGUGAACAGGGAAAUGAAGCAUGGCGUACUAAUAAUUUAUCUUUAGCUCUUCGUUACUACACUGAAGCGAUUUUCUUUGCCAGCAGUUCUGAAGAAAAAGCUUUAGGCUAUGGUAAUCGGUCAUGUGUUUUAAGUCGUAUCGGUGUUCAUGAAGCAGUAUUACAAGAUAUUGAUCUGGCUAUUAAAUAUAAUUUCCCUAAAGAUCGUCGUCCACGUCUAUUUAUACGUCGUGCACAAAGUCUUAUUUCCCUGAAACUCUUUAAAGAUGCAUUAACUGAAUUCAAUAACUGUGUAGAAUAUAUGAAAUCUGAAAAUUUAACUAUUCCAAAUAAUUUAAAUGAAAUGAUGCAAAAGGGAAUUAAAGACUGUUCAACUAUAAAAAAAGAUGAAGUAUUGAUUGAUAAUUCAGUUAUACCGUACUUUGUACAUGAGGCGAAAUCGUUAAUAGUGAAGCAUGAAAACACUCAAACGAUCAUUACAAAGAAUUAUAAUAAUUCUAAUAAUGGCAGUAAUAUCACAGAUCAUAAUUUGCAUCCAAGCAUUUUUCGCUCUCUCCAUUUACAAGAUCCACCAGCUGUGAAAUUAAAUUAUAAUGAUGAAUUUGGUUGGCAUAUCGUAGCGACAAAAAAUAUUCAGCCAGGCGAACUCCUCAUACUAGAUAAACCGUAUUCUUGUAGACUUCAUUACAAUAGAUUAUUACUCAAUUGUUAUCGUUGCUCUAAACGAUGUAUCAAUCCUAUACCCUGCCGUAAUUGUACUCAGGUUGGUUUUUGUAGUGAAUUGUGUGAACAAGAAGCUUGGAAUCCAGUAUGGAUUGAUAGUAACACAUCAUUGCCUUUAGAGUCGACAACUGAUUUAUCUUUACCGUGCCAUCGUUUCGAAUGUGGACUUGUUGAUCGACUGAUUAUAGAAGAUUAUGCUGGUUGGAAACGAUUACGCAGUAAAUCGUCAAAUGACUUGACAGUAUCAAUAAAGAAAUUGAAGUCAUUCAUUGAUAAAUUAUCUGAUGACGAUGUAAUUGGUGGACCGAAUAUUUCAUGGCUUGCAUUUUCUCUUUUAACUAAAACUGCCCCAAAUAUUUUGAAUAGAUUAAUCAAGAUUUCCUUAAAUAAAUUAAUUUAUCAAAUUGAUGAAAACCCAGUAAACAAAGAAGAAUUAUCAUCAUUUACUGGUAAUCGUGUUAUUCCACAACAAAAUUGGGAUGAUUAUACAACUGUUGAUUGGCUGAUAACAAAUUCAAUUAAACGUAAAACUAGUGAUUUAUGGCAACGGACUGUUGUAGCUGUUUAUUUAACUUUUUGUCUUGAAGCCGGUGGUUAUCCAAUUACCAGAGACGUUGAUGAUAAUAAUCAAUUGAAUUGUACACUACUACCAUUUGAUUGGGCAUCUACAUGUAUAUUACAUCAUCUUCAAUGUAUCUCAUCUAAUGGUCAUUCGUUAUCAUUACCUGAAUAUAUUUUUACAGAAAAUACUACAACUGUUCAUAAUAAUAAUACUAGUGAUAAACAACACAAAAUACCCGGUAUAGAUUUAAACAAAUUGACAUCAACUGAAAUAUCUACUUGUUUAUAUCCAGUUUUGUCAUUAAUCAAUCAUUCAUGUGAUCCAAAUAUUACCAAUGUAACAAUUGAUAAAUUUCAAUGUGCGAUUUAUUCAAUCCGACCUAUUAAACAAAAUGAAAUUAUUUAUGGAAAUUAUGGUUUACAUUAUGCAGUACAUUCUCUUAAUAAACGUCAAAGCUCAUUACAAUCGCAAUAUCAUUUUCAUUGUGUAUGUCAAGCAUGUAUAGAGAAUUGGUCACCUCUCAUUGCAACUACUAAUAGUAUAACUAAUAGUAAUAAGGAUUUCCAAUUAAAAUGUAUUACGUGUUCUGGUUUAAUUAAUUUUAAUACAGUAACAACAUUAUUGGAUAGUGAUAAUAAGUCAUCAUUAAAAAAUAUCCACUAUUGUCAAUGUAGUCAACCGAUCCAAUUGAAGUCAUUGAGUAAAUUUCAAAAACUUGUUUACAAUGAUUUAUACACUAAAUUUAAUACUAUAUCAUUAACAUUUCAAAAAACUUCACCGAAGAAAAUGACAAAUAAAUUUUUAAAUAAAUUUAUUGUUUAUACUAAACAAAUGUUAGAUACAGAACAUUUAUAUAGUAUACUUCAACGACCUUGUACUACUUUAGAUUGGUCACAAGAAAUGCUUAAACAAUUGCUUGAUCUUCAACACUCUGGUUGGUCAUAUGAAAGUAAAAUAAUUCGAUCAGCAUUUUAAAGGAUGUUCUAAUGUAUAUUUUUGUUGCGUAAUUCUGUACUUUUCCCUAUCGGAUGAACCGAAUUCUAAUAUUGUUCUCUUAUUUGAUGGAUUACAGUGACAUGGGCGCAUCAUCCGCAAUUUUUAUCUUCUUCUAAAUAAAAUGAUUCCAUUUAACUAUAAAUUUCAUAAAUGAACAUCGACUGAAACCCUUCAACAAUAAACAGUAUGACAUCCAACAAUCCCGCCUCGCUCUCCAUUGACUCUCGUUAGUUUGAGUUUGUAAUGGAAAUUUUCUUUAAAACGAAUAAAGUUUGAAUCAUCCAUCUAGAAACUGGAUACUAAUCGGUACUUAUUCAUUCCUGUCUUCCUUAUUCUAAUGUUUUCGUUUUACUAUUCCUAGUCAGAACUACGUUAUGUUUCAUGUUGUGUUGUUCUAUUUAUUUGUGGAUAAUUUUGUAACCAUGACUCACCUUAUUGGAGUUGGUCAGUAGGAAAACAUUUAUUUAUGAACGAACUUCUGAUGCUUUUUUUCUAUUUUUAUUUUCUAUAAUUUGCUACACUGAACGUUUUUUCAAAAUUUACCUUAUAACAAACUGUUUUGUUACAUGAUAUAGUCAUUUUAAUCACUAUCCCGUUAUCUCUUAGUUUGGUCAAGAUCAGAUCACCGGUCACUUUCAUUCGUGACUUCUUUCUUCCAUUUAUUCAUGGAAUUUUUCUGAAGGAAGUUACUAACGUAAUAUUAGUAUGCUUUUUUUCUAGAUCAUCCAAAUAAGUCUUCCAAAAAAUAUUUGAAAAUAAAUGGAUGCUUUCAUGAUACCUAAAAACAUUUAGCACUUUUUUUUAAUCUUACAUAACUUAAUUAUUUGCUACACCAUUGUGAUCUGUCUUUUUCUUUACUAAUUUUCAUCUUAUUUCCAGUUUUUUACAAGUUGUUGUACGGCCUUGAAGUGUAGUUUAAUAUUUUAGAUACUUGGCAACUAAUUAUAUUAAGUUUAAUUAAUAGAAUCUUGUAAGGAAAAGGUUUGAUUUGAACAGGACCUUUCUAUCUUAACUGGCAUCAAUUGAAAGGGAUAAUUCAAAGCUACCUAUCUAACCCUUCAUUAGUAUUAGUAGUAGUAAUGGUUUCAUUCAAUAUCAUAUAUUAAGUACAAUAUGGAAUUCUCAGCACAAAAUAUUUCAACAAGUUUCUUUUUACAAAACGAGAAAAACAGUCGAUGACUGCAUACAUAUAUACGUUAAAUAAAUAAACUAUUCGAAAUUAUAAGUUUUUAAAAUAAAAUAAAGUGAUUUGUACAAAUGUU